AUGUUUAGCAUAUCCAUUGUUUCUUUCGCCAGAUUACAUUCUUUCUUUCUUUCUUUUUUUCUUUCUCUGUCUACACUUUCUUUCUUUCUUUCUUUCUUUGUCUAUACUUUUCUUUUUUUUUUCUUUCUUUUUUUCUCGCUCUCUUACCAUCCUUUCUUUCUACUUUUUCCUUCUUUCUUUCCUUCCUUCCUCCAUUUCUUUAUUCAUUCUUUCAUUAUUUCUUUCUUUCUUUCUUUUUACAGGUUUUCUUGUUUGAUCUUUAUCAUAUUACUACCCAUUAUUUCUUUCUCCAGAUCGUCCCAUUUUUCUUCUUCCUCUUCCCAUUCUUUCUUUCUUUCUUACUUUCUUUCUUUCUUUUUUUCUUUCUUUCUUUCUUUCUCUACUUUCUUUCUUUCUUACUUUCUUUCUUUGUCUACUAUUUCUUUCUUUCUUUCUUUCUUUCUAAUUUACUUUCUUUUCUCUUUCCUUCUCUCUUACUUUCUUUUUAUCUUUUCUUUCUUUCUUUCCUUCCAUCGUUCAUUCUUUAUAAAUUUCUUUCUUUCUUCAUUUCCUUCUUUUUCUACACUUUCUUUCUUUCUUUCUUUCUUUCUUUCUGUUUUCUUUCUUUCUUUGUCUAAUCUUUCUUUCUUUCUUUCUCUCUAA